AUGUGGCAGGAUGGCCUAGUCAGCGACAGUGACUCGGAGGAUGAACCCGAGGUACAAUUUGGUGGAAUGGUUUCAAACACAGACCAAGACACUUCAGAAAUUCAAGAGCUGUGCACGGCUAUUAGUAAUUCUAACGGGAGCCUAAUGAAACUUUCGAUGCUCAUCCGCGAGUCAUCAAAUCGUGAUGAUUAUCUCAAAGCAGCUUCUCGGUACAGCACUUGGGACCCAACUUCAUAUAUUGGUCACGUAAGAGAAAAGUAUGGAUCGGCAAAAGGAAGUAGCGAUUGGCUGGUCGAGCGAUUAGGGAAGGCAAUCGUGAGACGCCGUCAAUUCCUGAAGUAUCGAGAAGAGCAUCAUGGAAAGUUGACCGGCGAUUGGGGUGAGAUACUUGACGAAGUUGCCGAAGAGAAGGGGCCAGAAAAGACAAAACCUCCGAGAACAGUUGCAUCAACGAAAGCAACAACGUUCAUUGUUGAUGGGAACAUCAAAAAGGACGGAUCGGAUGCAGGGGGUUCAUUCGGAUCACAGACUUCAUACCAAGCUACUACGUAUGAAGCUGAUGGUGCCCCGACCAAGCUCACAGUUCCACCACCUCCAAAGUGGGCCUUCCAAGAUGUCCCUUUCCAUUAUGGAGAGCCAUUCCAGUGUCCGUUUUGCUAUACUGAGCAGGAGGUAACGAAUAAGGCGGCGUGGAAAAGAGAAUGGGUUUGUCAACACUGCCAACAUCCUGCUUUUACUUCUGCGGCGGCGUAUUCGCGCCAUUUGGAAGGAACCCACCCUACAAUUCUGCAAAAGGCUCAGCUUGAGGCUUUAAUUCUCCAAAGCGAAGAGCCAGUUGACAAAAUAUCAGCAAAUGCUUGUCAUCUUUGCGAUGAAUGGGAAGCAAACUUGAACAACUCAAAACAAGAUGCAAAGAGGUUACUUUUGAAUGGAGGGUCAGUUGUAGAGCCUUAUGGAACGCCGAAGCAAUUUCGGAGACAUCUAGGCCGACAUAUGGAACAAUUGGCACUGUUUGCUUUACCAACGCAAGAAGGAGAGAAUUUAGAAGAUGACAGUCUGGACGACGCAAACGAUGAUGAUUCCGAACACAGUGAUUUGGCCGAGAAUUUGGAAAGUUCAGAUCGAGCUGCUUCAUACAUUGUCCAAGAUACCGAGGUGCCACCACAAUCAGCUAUGGAAAGGCUAGAAGCUAUCAUGUCGCAUUUUCAAACCAAGAUUUUACCCCUCUGCGUCCAAUUCAGCGCUGCGCCGCCCACCGACCCCGACAGGCGGGAGUUCGAGCAUAAGAAGUUGAGUGAGACGAUCAUGAGUGAGAUAAUGCUCAAAAUUGAUGAUAUAGAUACCAAGGGUGAUAGUGAGGUUAGGCAAAAGAGGUCAAUUUUGAGAUCAGAGACGAUGGUUGUUUUGAAUAGCUUGGAUACAGCAGUCUUAAUGCCGACGGUUGACUUACCUCGAGAACAACAAACCCCUGCUCCAGAUCCUGGGCUAGAGACAGCUGACGAUGAACGGGGGGUUCCAGAGGCUCCAUUUGGAACGGGACAUGGCAAGAAGAAGGUGAUGAACAAACUUGCAAAAGAAGAUCCCCUCGAGAAACAAGGGUCGAGAGUGGUAAUUCCUCCAUUGGUGGUUCCAUUGUCUCCAGUCAACUUCGAGUCCAACCCCUCAGGUAGUCCGGAUCGCAAGAGCUUCCCAGGACCCAUUUCCGACCCUAGUAAAAGCAGUGGUGUGUUCAAUUCUUCCGAUCGCGAUUUCCAGUUUGAUCGCACGACGCAAGAAAAUAGGAAUGAGGCUUUAGCCUCGGGGGGGAAGGGGGAGGCUAGCGCAUUUUCUGAGCGCGGUGAUGUCUCCAGUUUUAUGGUACACGAUGACGAAGUCGUGUACCAUGACCUUGCCAAACUUGCCAUUGAUCAUGGAACCAUGUUUGAAGAAGACCAGGCACAUGUUAAUGCUCGAAGCGAGGCAGCUUCACACGAGGCGAAGGUCAGAGAGGGAGAAAAGAAGUCCACUGGUGUUCAGGAAGAAUCAGGGGCCGGACACGGCAGCAAACCUUACUACUGCUCCUAUGAAGGUUGUGAGAGAAGGGUAUACGAAGGCCAUGGGAACCUGCACUCCCACAUGAAGCGUGUACACAACGACCCAGGCCAAGCGAGAAGUAACUCCCCCGGGCAUUUCCCCACGGGUGGUACUUUUAGCAAUUCAGCAAAGCAACUUGGGGAUGAGGCAGUUAUCCCUGAUUUAACUAAACAGGAACACCUUCAUGAUGAGAUUCUGCACCCACGGAACCAUCUUCCUCCAGCUCAAGACCAACGGGGCCGGACAGGCCCGGACUUGAGGGUUUCCGACGAAGAAGAUGCAUUCCAAUUCCCUCAGCCGUUGGCAGAUGUCAAGGAAGCAUUGAGUUUUCCCAAGAGAUCCAGGGGUGGUCAGACGAGUAAUCUCGAGAUCGAUAUUCAAGAAGAACGCGAUGAAUUCCUCCCACCACCAGACAUCGCAGGUGCUUCCGAGGAGCUAUCAGAAGGGAUAAGCAGUCUUAUAAGAGGAUUACCUAAUCCAGAUGAAGAAUGGACAAAGAUAAGAGGAUUACCUGGUCCAGAUGAAGAGUGGACAAAGAUCUCUGAUCUGGCCGAGCGUAGGAGAAUUCAAAAUCGAAUUGCGCAAAGAAACUACCGUAAGAAGCUUAAAAAGCGUCUUGAAGACCUUGAGGCAAGGGCAAGUUCAUCCUCAGAUCCGUCUACUCAAAACCCAGUGGAACUUCAACCAAGUGACUCCAAUGAGAACUUUGGGUCGAUCAAUGGUGUUUCUGAUGACGGAUUUGUGUUUAUGAGGAAGAAGAGCUACGACAGGCCCCGAAAACAAAACAUUAAUAAUGACAUUCUUCAAUAUCUUGCCGGAGCUCGUCCUGAUGAGGCAAGCUCACCGGAUUUCAACAAAAUUCAACGGCAGGCCCCGCAGGCACCGCAGGCCCCAUACCCUGCGUCUGUUGUUGAUGAGCUGGGAAAGGAGGAAACGGCCCGGGUGGCAAGAAGGAGUAUUGACAAAAUAACAAGUCCCUUAGAAACCUCUAUUGCCAAAGGCUGGAUCGAGAGAUACGAUGCAGCGGCGACUAAAGAUGGACAGCCCAAGGAACAAAAUGACAAAGCGGAAGCAAAAGCACCAAACACAGCUACAGAGAAAAAGUUGCCCAUCAAGUUCAAAGACUCCAUUGGACGUAAAUACAGCUUUCCUUGGAACCUAUGCUCCACUUGGGCUGGUAUGGAAGAAUUAAUUUUCGCAGCCUUCCUCGGUGUCGAUAUCGUGGGACCGCAAGUCCAAGCAGGCCGUUAUGAUCUAGUCGGCCCUGAUGGUAAGAUCAUUUUGCCACAAGUCUGGGAGCAGCUUAUCGAGCCUGGCAUGUCUAUUACGAUGCACAUGUGGCCCAUGCCUGAAGCCUCCAACCUUCCUAGUGUUGAGCUUGAUGAAUCGGAUCGAAGCAAGAAAACACAACACGUUCCUUCUCCACCAUUAGGCAGGUAA